AUGGCUGCCCCAAAGGUCACUCUAUAUUAUGACCUCGUUAGUCCGUUCGCAUACAUCGCGUUCAAGGUCCUAAAGAAUUCUCCAACUUUCAGCAAGUGUGAUGUCACCUUUGUGCCUAUUUUUCUCGGCGGGCUGAUGCAUGCCUGCGGAAAUACUCCACCCAUCAAAAUCAAAAACAAGGAUAAAUGGAUCAACCAGGAGCGACUGCGCUGGGGCCAUUACUUUUCAGUGCCUAUGACAGAGGCAAUGCCAGAGGGGUUCCCACCCAAUACGUUGGCGCCUCAGCGUGCUUUCGCAGCUCUGGCUCAGCAGAAUUAUUCUAAAUUAGCUUCUGCUACCGAGGCGCUUUGGGAGGAGUUUUGGGUAAAGGGAAAUAUCAAAACAUCGCAGCCUGAAGUGUUUGUGCCGAUUCUUGAGAGGGUCUUAGGGCCAUCCGAGACAAAGGCAGUCCUCGAAGCGGCAAACGGGCCCGACGUCAAGGCACGCUUGAGUGCCAAUACACAGCACGCCUUUGACUCUGGUGCAUUCGGUCUCCCCUGGUUUGAAUGCACCAACUCCAAAGGUGAGAAAGAAAACUUCUGGGGCAUUGACCAUCUUGGUCAGGUAGUUGAUUUUCUGGGACUGGACCGCUCCCUAGAGCAUGGACUCAGAGCAGUCCUGUAA